CAGAGGAGAAGGGGUUGCUUGCUUCUGUUCUCAUGGAUUGAGGGUAUUAUUGCCUUUUCACUAAAUUUUCUUAUCCUUUCUACAUCCAACGAUCCAAAAUUCGUCUCCAGAACCAGAUAUCCAUUCUACCAUUCGAUUGGCCGAGCGAGAGAGAAGCUGAAGAGAAAAGAUGAGACCAAGCAAAGAACCAAAGAGGCGGAGCCGCCCUUCGUCUCCGCUCAGGGACCGAACAACAGCGCCCUCCUCCGGCUUCGAACGAAGCAGCUCGCCCAAGUCUCGCGCCUCCCGGCUCACAUCGCCGGUCUCUCUUCUCAAUCGGGACUUGGAAGAGCUUCAAGAGCUCGCGACUUCUUCUAACACCAACCCACGAAUAUUUCCGUACAAUGUGAAGCAGCAAUGCUGGGAAAAGGCCGAGAAGAUCAGAGGUCGAGACCCAGACCGGUGGCGUCGAGACUCUCUUGGAAACACCGUGUUCCGGAAGCUCGUCGGUUGCCCAGGUUGCCUCUGUCAUGAUUAUGAUCACAUCGUGCCUUACUCUAAGGGAGGACAAAGUACGCUUGAUAACUGUCAAGUUUUACAGCCAGAGAAACCAAACCACCAGUAUAUGCAACAGUCAAUCGAUCAAAAGGAAACCGGACUGAGUUUUCUAGAGCUGAGCUCAUUCAGAAAAGUUCCUACUGUCGGGUUUCAGGUCGUGACAUGGAUCUUAUUGAACUGUCAGCCUAUGGCAAUGUUCGUCAUGCACCAAAUUCGGGGGGAUGCAGAAUCCAAUAACAAUUUAAGGUGUUGUGUAACUUGCUCUAGAAUUGAUUCUAACAUAGAGCGGAAAACUAGCAUGGCUAAGUUUUGCCCUCAUGGGAUGUAAAACAUUUGUAUCAAGCUUACAGACUGUCAUAUGUUACCUCUGAAUAUAUGAGAAAUUUGGAUGGGUAUUUUCUUCGUUCU